AUUGUUAUUGUCAAUCAACCAAAAUAGUUCGGUUGUUCCUGCUUUUUAGCUGUGAAUUAGAUUUUCUGUAAUUUACCUCGAAAAUGCCACCUGUAAUAAGUGAAUACGGCAUAAAUGCUGAGAGUGACUGGAUGAAUGCUGCCCACAGCACUGGUACCUCUAUUAUGGCAGCGGAAUUCAAUGGGGGCGUAAUAAUUGGGGCCGAUUCUCGCACCACUACAGGAGCAUACAUCGCUAAUCGCGUCACAGACAAAUUGACUAAAGUAACUGACCAUAUUUACUGCUGCCGUUCGGGAUCUGCGGCUGAUACUCAGGCUAUUGCGGAUAUUGUGGCCUACCAUCUAAGUUUCCAUGGAAUGGAAUUGGGGGAAGAACCUUUGGUGGAAACGGGGGCUGCAAUUUUUCGCGAACUGUGCUAUAAUUACCGUGAUUCUUUGAUGGCGGGUAUUUUGGUAGCAGGUUGGGAUAAACGCAAAGGGGGCCAAGUGUAUUCAAUACCCAUUGGGGGGAUGUGUGUGCGGCAACAGGUUUCCAUUGGGGGUUCAGGGUCUAGUUACGUCUAUGGGUACGUUGACGCCAACUAUAAACCUAACAUGUCAAAAGAAGAUUGCGUUAAGUUUAUUACACACACCUUGACACUUGCAAUGUCACGCGAUGGUUCUUCUGGUGGUGUGGUAAGAUUAGGAAUUAUUACAGAGCAAGGAAUUGAGCGCAGAGUGGUUUUGGGAGACGAACUACCAAAAUUUUUUGAGGGUUAAUUGUAUUUUUCUCUUUACAUAAUAAACACAUUUUCACCUU